CUCAAUAACUAUUUGUUAAAUAAAAGCCUUGCCUUUGGGAAGCAACCAUUACUGAAGGGAUAACCCGAGUAAACCAUAGAUAGAAUUAGAAUCAGUCUUAGUAGCAACUGUCACAUUUCACUGGGUCUAUCAGCCAGUUGCUUGAAGCGUUAGAAAACUUGUCAAUUUUGCCUGCCCCUACAAACUUCCCCAUUAUUACUCAAUCUUUGUUCUUCUGGAGUGGAAUCUCUACAGGCUUCUCCUAUUCAAGAAAACAAAAAAGACUCUAGAAAGAGGAUUUAGUGAUUAGAGAGUCUGGAAUGCUUGGAAGUAGGGGAAGGGGGUAUAUCUCUGAUUCUACUCUCACAAGCAGAAAUGAGUUAUUAAUAGGAAUGAUAGUUUUAAGGAUAAAUUGGUUGUGGCUAUAGACUUUUUUUUCAUUGUACUUUUAGGUGAGAAGAGGAACAGGGGACUUAAAAAAGGAGCAAGGAAAUGAAAAAGGGGAGGAAUGAAGAAACGGGGCCAGAAACCUCUCUGAAACUAAUCUCUAAUUUAGGGACACCAAAGAAGUCUAGGGAAGGGCCAGAUUCUAGAUUCUCCCAUCAGAUGCUCAACCUCCAGGGUGGGUGGGGGUCAUGCUAUAUGUUAACUCCUGAAUGUCAACUCUGGUCUCUAUCUUGGUACAUCACCAGUGGAGGUAGAUUGUUAAGAAUGUCUUUAAAGAGAUUAUCAGUGACGUUGUGGACAUUUCCCUCUCUUUUCCUUUUCUUUCUUUCUUUCUUUCUUUCUUUUUUUUUUUUUUUUGACAAAGAUGAUUAUUACCCUGUGAGUUAGGGAACCAGCUCUGCAAUGCAUCAUUGUCCAAAGGGCACCCAGAUAUCAAGGCCUCUAGUUGCCUCAUUUCCUGCUGCAUUCCCUCCUUUUUCUCAACAGCUCCUCCAUUGUCUGGACCUGAAAUGACCCCGAAGUCCGGCCCUGUCCCACCCUGUACUUCACUUCCAUUACCCCCACCCCCUCCAGGACCAUCAGACAAGCCUCCUUGGGAGCCAUCACCCCAAGCUCCCAUUUCUUCACCAUUCCCUCCUGGUAGCCCUCUGGUUCUGUCUGCUUUCCCUAGUACACUGCUGGUGACAGGGGAUGGGGGAGCAGGCCCUAGUGGGGGUGGGGCUGGCAAGGUCAUCGUCAAAGUCAAGACAGAGGGGGGUCCAGCAGAGGCCCCCCGAACUCAGACCUUUAUCCUUACUCAGACUGCCCUCAACUGGAUUGCCCCAGGUCCUCCCCGUGGGGGCCCUGAAGGUCCCACUCCCCGAUUCCUGGCAGCCACCAAUGUCAAGACCAUUCUUCUUGCAAAGGCUGUUGGGGUGGCCCAGGCUGGUGAAGGAGAGGGACCCCCAACCCAUCCUCCCCUCGCCCCACCACCCACUGCCCAGCUAGCCCCUAUUGUACCCCCAGAAAAGGCUUGGCGGGGGCCAGAUGGGACUCCUGGAGAGGGAGGCCCGCCCCCACCUCGGCCCAAACCCUCUCUGGGUGACCUUUCCUGCACCUCCAAGGGUGUAUAUGAGAAUUUUCGUCGCUGGCAACGUUACAAGGCACUGGCCCGGAGACAUCUACCCCGGAGCCCUGAUGCAGAAGCCCUUUCCUGCUUCCUCAUCCCAGUGCUUCGUUCGUUGGCCCGGCUAAAGCCAGCGAUGACCCUGGAGGAUGGACUGCCACGGGCGGUGCAGGAGUGGGAGCGCAGUAGCAACUUUGACCGAAUGAUCUUCUACGAGAUGGCAGAAAAGUUCAUGGAGUUUGAGGCUGAGGAGGAAAUGCAGAUUCAGAAGGUGCAACUGAUGAGUGGGUCUCAGUGCUUGCCUCCUCCAGCCCCCCCUAAGCUUGAUCCCCCAGGACCCUCAGUCCCUGAGAUAUGUCAGCAACAAGUUUACAUCCCAAAGAAGGCAGCCUCUAAGAGUCGCCCCCCUCGUCGUCGCCAACGCCGACCACCUCGCCCUUCAGCCCCUGAAGCACCCAAAGAGAUCCCACCAGAAGCUGUGAAGCAGUAUGCUGACAUCAUGGCCGGGCUGGUAGGAGUUCCCCAUGCUGCCAUUGGGGAACCAGAGGGAAAACAUGAUGAUGAAGAAGAGGAGGAGGAGGAGGAUGAAGAGGAGGCCUAUCCUGAUCCCGGACUGCUGAGUUACAUCGAAGAGCUGUGUGCUCAGGAUGUCUUUGUUUCCAAGGUUGAGGCAGUGAUUCAUCCUAGGUUUUUGGCAGAGGUGCUGUCUCCAGAGCAACAGAGGGAUCCCCUGGCCCUAAGUGAGGAACUAGAACAGGAAGAAGGACUCACUCCCACCCAGCUAGUGCAGAAGCGGCUAUUGGCAUUGGAAGAAGAAGAGGAAGAGGAGCCCCCAAGCUGCAGUGGAGCCCAAUCAGACUCUAGUCCUUCUCCAUCUGAUGAGGAGGAAGACGGGGGUGGGCGGCUUCGACCCUCACCUGGGGCUCGUAUGGCUGGGGGCAUUGUCCGCCUGGGGAAGACGGUUUCUCCAGAAAAACGGGCAAGGGGAGAAGGACAUGGGCAGGACAGGGCAGCAGAAGGCCCAAGGGGAGUAGGAAGGGAAGGUAAUGCUUUGUCAUCCCCUAGUAGCUGGGACCUUCGACUAGAUAUCUCCACUCCACGAGUAACUAGGGGCCUUUUAGGGGUGGAGGGCAGAGGGUCAGGGAAAGGUACUGCCCUGGUGUCUUUAUAUCAGGAAGGCAACUCAGGAGGGCCUGGAGACCAAGGGGACUAUUUGGUGACUGAGGGGAUCCUAGAAUCCUCUCCCCACAGCUGGCAAAAAGGACCUCAUUUGGAGGGAGCUACCCAUUUGGAGGCUGGACCUCCAGAACCAGUUGAUUUCACUACUUCUUCACAAGAUCAGGGAAUGGGACAACAGGUCACCGGUCUCAGGAAGGGAUGCCAGGUGACAGGUCUUGGGAUGCUUCCUCAAGGGAAGGAGCCAUCUUCUGCUUCCCAGGAAGAGACUGUGGUGGGGACUUCUUGGAGAGAUGAUAGAGGAGCUCCUAUGAUCAAAGGCGUGAGCCAGAGCCCCUCCUCCAGAGCAGCUGGGGAUAGGGAGAGGACCCCAUUCAGCUCAGCCCCUUGGGUGAGUAGCAAGGGGGACUUCACAAAUUUGGAAGUGUUCCCAGAACAGACUGAGGGGAUCAGAGAAAUAUCUCAGUAUGUGGAGUAUAUAACAGAGUUUCAGGGAGACUGCCAUGUUCUAAUACCCCAAAGCCACAUUUCUUCCUUGGGCCACAGAGGAAUACUUGAGGACACAGAAGAAAGUUUUGCCUCUUCUGAGGACAAAAAUGACACAAGUUCCCUAGAAAAUGGUAACUACUACAAUCUUUCAGAGCUCCUGGGGGCCAGCAGCCCCAUUUUAGGGAUUGAAGGACACAUCUUUGGAAAUGGAACGGAUUUUAGUGAUUUGUAUCCUGAAGGUAACUCCUCAGUAGAGGGCAAAAAUGGUGCCUCCAAUCUGGAGUCUGCCAAAAACACACUCUCCCCUAGAUGUCAAGAACGUGAUCUACUCUUGGGGUCUGGAGAAGGUUCCUCCUUUCCAGGGAUGGGGUAUGAUGUUAGUAUAAGUGGCAGUAAAGCAAACUCAGGUUCUCCUGUUUGGGAAACCACAGAGAAUGGCAAUUUACUGGCUAUCAGAGAUGACCACGACCUCCAAUUAAUUAUUGGAGUUAACUCGAGUUCACCAAAAGGUGCAUGUUACGAAUGCCAAAGAGUGAGCAGAGAGGAGCUUAGCCUACUAAAGUGCAAAGACACAAGUCCCUCACCAGGGACCAAAGGUGACUCUCACACACCAGAGUCCCAAGAACCAGCCUCCUCUAACCAGUGUCUUGGGGAUACCCCCCCAACUCCAGAAACUAGUGACCCUGUGGCUCUUGGAGAAACCUCUUCAGGAAAGGAAGCACCUAGACCCACAGAUAGGGACGGUAAAGAACAAGAGGAUGAUGAUGAUGAUGAUGAUGAACUUUCUAACUUUGCUUUCCUCUUGGCCUCUAAACUUAGUUUGACCUCAGAGGGGUUGCCCCUUAGUCCUCUACCUGCCCCUACAGAGGUUACGGAUCAAGCAUCCCCCUCACAAUCUCCAGAGGCUUUGCCCAUACCCAAGUCUGGGAAACGCACUCUGAGCGGUGAACUGUCCCCUGCAGAAAAAAGACCCUGCCGGGGGGGUGAAGUAGCUGUCUCUGGGGAACUGCCCUUGAAUUUGGGGGAAGAACCGACUGUAAAGCCCCGAAAAAGGCGCCGUGAGGGUCAUGUCCCAGGGAGGAGGAAGAAGAGAAGGAGGAGCUUGUAGGGGGCAGCCACAUGGCCCAACCCAAGGAGUGAUUCUCCAGGGGUGGGUCCUCAAGAGUGGAUCUGGGCCCUGCUGCACUCGGUCAGAGCUCUCCAAUCUUAGCCAUUCUUUUCUGGCUGCUCUAUAAAUAUGGUGAGGUUUGGGAGAGUUCAGCAACUGACUUGCAUGGAAAUGACCACCUCAGUGAGAAGUGAGAUGUGAGAGGACCCUCGGGAGAGUUUUAUGAGAAAGUGAAUUAAAGACAUCCCUGUUGGAAAUGGUCUGCAGUGAAUCUGUCUUUUGUUCUGUCUUUG